CAUAUGUCACUAAGUCUCUUCUCAUUCUUCCUCAUAUAACAUCAUUCAUUGCUAUAGCUAACAUUCCAAAAAUGGCCAAACAUGUAUCAGAAAAUGCUCUUAUUAUGUUCACUAUUCUUCUUGUAUCGUUUCUAGUUAGUGUCGAGUCCCAAGAAUUUUCAAGAAGGUUGUCACAACGCUCCUUUGGAUUGAGAAAAGAAAAACUUAGCCAUUUCCAAUUCUACUUCCAUGACAUUGUUAGUGGCUCCAACGCUACUGCUAUCAGAAUCGUUGAAGCCACUAGAACCAACCGCACUGCAGCGACUGGUUUCGGUGACAUCACCAUGAUUGAUAACCCAUUGACGGCUGGCCCAGAACGGAAUUCUAGGCUAGUGGGUAGAGCACAAGGGAUAUACACAUCAGCAAGUUUGAAUGAAAUGGGUUUGUUGAUGGCUAUGAACUAUGUUUUUGUUGAAGGGAAAUAUAAUGGUAGCACAUUGAGUAUAUUGGGCCGAAAUGCGGUGAUGUCGACUAUGAGAGAAAUGCCAAUCGUUGGAGGAAGUGGGCUUUUCCGAUUUGCUCGUGGAUAUGCUCAAGCAAGAACUCAUACUUUCAACAUGAACAAUGGUGAUGCUGUGGUCGAGUUCAAUCUUUAUGUUCUCCAUUACUAAAUUCUUGAACAUCGUUGAGAUUUUUGUUUCGAUCAUCUAAAUGUUUUUGAAUUUUUUUCUUUUUACUCUGAGAUUAUGCAUUUAUCUGGUAAUAAUAUAUAGAUUAACUUUUGUUUCUACCAA